AUGGAUGCGAAGAGGGAGGAGGAGCUGCGGUACUGGAACUCGUUCUCCGUGCAUGAUAUACCCGACUAUGACGAUUGUCCGCUUCUGAUGGGCCUCGAGCAGCGAAUGAACCCCAUCAUCGAGCAAUAUGUGAAGGAAGGCGGUGGUGCGUUCGUGAAGCUCUCCGACCGGAGCCCGAAGGACGCCGCGACAGAGCGCGGACGCAUCUACAAGUUCCUGGAGCUGCCUGAAGCGAAAGGAGGAGGAGCUCUUGAACUGUCUAGCAACGCUGUAGGCCUGCCCGCCGUUUACCGUGCAAUGAUGGGUUCGCUCAAGGUCAAGAGCGGUCGUGAAGCGCUGAAGCUCCUGCUCAUCAGCUUCCGCACGCUGGAGGACGUGCAGAUCAGGCUCAACUACCAGGACAAGCUGUGGGAGCUCAAGCUCGUCAUCCGACAGUGGGUGGACUUUGACAUCGCCUACGAGCUUCGCGGGUUCGUGUGCAACAACCAGUUCACGGCCCUCUCGCAGUACUACUACGACUGCUACUUUGAUGUCGUGGCCCAGCGGAAGGACCUCAUCGCCGCCAGCGUCCAGCACUACUGGGAGAACGAGGCACGUAGUGUCGAACCCUCCAUUGUGAAAGGGAAGCCGCCCUACGACAGCUACGUGAUCGAUUUCACAGUGCUUCCGCACCGCGGAGACCUGGCCGAGGGCGAACUACUGCCGGUGACCAUCGUCGAGCUCAAUCCGUUUGACGAAUACACCGACUCGGCGCUAUUCAACUGGAAGCUUCAUCGACAAACACUGCAUGAGGGGCCGUUCACCUUCAAGAUCGUGGACCAUCCGUCGGUCGAGGCCAAGCGUACGUGGUGGAAGCGGAUCCUCACCACUCACGCCGAGAGCAAUGCCGCUCUGCAGGCAGCUGCUCUUCCUCAUGAGAAGGACGGAGAGACAGCGGAGAAGACAAAGGCGAAGGAGAAGACUAAGACGAAGGAGACGAAGAAGAAGAGAAAGGAAAAGAAGAAAGAGAAGAAGGAGAAGACAGACACGAAGAAGAAGAAAGAAGAGAAAGGCGCCUGA